AUGUCAAAUGAACUUAAUUCAAAUCAAUUGCAAGCAGCUGGUGAACUUGAAAUCGAAAUGAUGCAAGAUCUUUAUAAACGAAUGACAACGGCUUGUCAUAAAAAAUGUGUUAUUCCAAGAUAUAAAGAUUCGGAAUUGACCAAAGGUGAAUCUGUUUGUAUUGAUCGAUGUGUUGCCAAAUAUAUGGAUGUUCAUGAUCGUAUUGGUAAACAUUUGACAACAAUGACAUUACAACAACAACCAUCGUUACAAACUCAACAAGCCAAUGAUCCAUCACGUGUUGUUGGAUCAUAUAAAUAA